AUGAAUUUAAAGAUAUGUCAAAUAAAUUCAUUAAUAAUUAGAAUGGAUGAAUAUGAUGAGUUUUCUGAUAACUCCAUUGAGAUUGUUCUCAAUCAGUUUUAGGGAAAAGCUUCACAUCAAAUAGAAGAGAAUAUUACUAUGUACUUAAAAAAUCUGGGACUUAAAAUGAAAACUAAUCCUUUGAGAAAAUAAUUUAAAUAUGAGAAAGAAAACAACUAAAUUAUUGAUAUUCUGACUUCAAGGACCCUGUCUUCUUAUGGUAACACUUUGAAGGAAACGGAGAUCGAUUAUUGUUAAAAAAUUAGAUAAAACCCUCUCUUCCUGAGGAGUAAAAAAUAAACCUAAUAAUUGGCAAUUAUGAAUCAAAUAUGA